AUGGAGAUUGCCCGCCGGGAGCCCUUCAGCAUCAUGUCCGGCCGGAAGCGCCCGCUGGAGAUCCUUCGCCAGCGGUUCCAGAGUGAGCUCGUCGCGAAGAUGACGUCCAAGGCGAGGAACAACCUCUACGGGGACCUCGCGAAGCUAGCCAAGCUAUCUGAAGCCCAUGUACUUCCUGCUCAUAUUUUGGAGCUGCUGAAGAAGCACAGCCGCCACGGCAUCUGCGACGAUUACAUCGAGAUCGAGAUGCGCGACGUCCAAGACGAGGCCCUUGUGGAGAUGCAGAAGCAGCUGGACAAGUUCCUUCGAGAGAGAAAGAAUCAGCACAAGAACAUGAUGGCCGAGGAGGAGGAGGAAGACGUUGACAUCGUCGGCGGCGUCUCCCCUUUGCCGAUCAGGCCGGCACCAGUGCAGCUCGUCGAAGAGGACAACGAGUACGUGGACAUCUGCGGCGACGCCUCACCGGUGAAGAAUCUUGGCCAAGAUGCAACUAUCAGCGGCAGCAGCGGUUCGGAUUCUGGUUCAUCUCACCAGAGCGUCCGCAGUCGUCCAGCUCCGGCAGAGCGCGCCGCCAACACAACGCCUCCAACACGCGACCUGAUCGCCCGUGCCAACGAGAUUUUGGAAAGGCGACGAAAGGAGGAGACGUCCCGGGCGAGGGAGAAGGCCCGUCAGCAACUGCUCGAGACGGAGAGGACGGUAAUGUUCAACGACAACGAGAUCCUAGACGAGGACGUGAAGGCCCUCGGCAAUGAUCAGUACAACACGGCCAGGCCCAACAACUUGUUGCGACGGAUGGGACUCUUCCUCAAGCUUGACGACGAUGACGACGACCUGAAGCAGCAUCAGCAUCAGCAUCAUCAAAGCUACCAAGAAGAUUUAGAGGAAGGGGAGAUUCGGUUGUGA